UUUCCAUCAGCUGACAAAGUACUUAAAAUAUGAGGCCAGUGCCUUCUCGGUGAGUUGACGAGAUCACAGUAAUAGCUGCAGCAAGUAGCCAGCUACCGCAAUAUACUACCGGAGCCAUCCAUCACUUGAUCAACCCAAACUCCGACUGCACCAGCCAUGUCCGCCGCGCCUUCCGAGCCCCCGGCGGCCACGGCUGGCGACGACGAGCUUCUCUACGAGUCCAUGCCCCGCCUCCGCGUCUACAGGAGCCGCGUGGAGCGCUACCUGGUGGGCUCCGAGUUCGUCGCUGCCUCCACCGACGCCGCCACCGGGGUCGCCUCCCGCGACACCGCCAUCUCCCCCAACGUCUCCGCGCGUCUCUACCUCCCACGCCUGGACGCGGCCGACGCCAGGCUGCCCAUCCUCGUCUACUACCACGGCGGCGGGUUCUGCCUCUUCUCCGCCUUCGACUCCAACUACCACGCCUACCUCAACGCCUUCGCCGCGCGCGCCAACGCCAUCGUCGUCUCCGUCGAGUACCGCCUCGCGCCCGAGCACCCCGUCCCCGCCGCGUACGCGGACUUGUGGGACGCGCUCGCCUGGGUCCUUUCCCAGGUCGCCGCGAGCGCCGGCGCCGAGCCGGAUCCGUGGCUCGCCCGCCACGCCGACCUCUCCCGCCUCUACCUUAGCGGCGACAGCGCCGGGGCCAACAUCGCGCACCACAUGGCCAUGCGGGCGGGCGCCAGCGUCCGCGGCCUCGUCCUGGUGCACCCCUACUUUCUGGGGAGCGACGAGGUGGGCUCCGACGGCCUGGACCCGGCGAUGCGGGAGCGGCUCGGGAGGCUGUGGCGCGUCGCGUGCCCGGCCGCAGCGGGGGAGGACGACCCGCUCAUCAACCCGCUCGCGGACGGCGCGCCGGGGCUCGAGGCCCUGGCGUGCGGGCGCGUCCUCGUGUGCGUGGCCGAGGCCGACGUGCUCCGCGACCGCGGCCGCGCCUACUACGACCGGCUCGGGGCCAGCGGGUGGCCUGCCGAGGCGGAGGUGUGGCAGGCGCCGGGGAAGGGGCACAGGUUCCACCUGCUGGAGCCGGGCUGCGACGAGGCCGCCGCGCAGGACAGGGCCAUCAGCGGCUUCCUCAACCGCUGACUCGCCGGCCACGAGCUCGACAUCGCCGGAAGAGGAAGAGUCAA